AUGCAGACAUCAGGAGCAAUUAGUUUAUCUUUGCACAUUAAUGGCACAUAUAGAGCUCACUGGGCUGACAGUUUGGGGUUCUAUUUUCCGGCUACCAAUUUGCCCACAAGGCCUAAAAAUAAGCAUGAAAAUGAGAGAAUUGAAGAACUUGAAGAGCUUGAGUUUCUGAAUAGGCCUUCACCAACGCUGGUAAAUAAUAGGUCUGUCACGGAAGUAGAGGAUGAACCUAGAAAACUUGAUGAAGAUGAGGUGUUAGAGCCUUUCUAUAAGUUCUUCAGGCCUACAGACUCAAUGGAGCAAGCAAAUGACUCGGAAGAUAUUAAGGAGGACAAUUCAAGUGAGGAUGAGAGUAAGAAGGUUAGUGUUGAGUAUUAUGAGCCAAAACUGGGUGAUUUUGUAGUGGGUGUUGUGGUUUCAGGCAGCGAGAACAAGCUUGAUGUGAAUGUUGGGGCAGACUUGUUGGGCACAAUGUUGACUAAGGAAGUUUUACCUUUGUAUGACAAAGAAUUGGAUUAUUUGUUGUGUGAUACGGAGAAGGGUGUGGAGGAGUUAAUGGUACGUGGGAAGAUGAGAAUUCUGAGGAAUGAGGAUGCAUUGAGUGGUGAACCAAUGCCUAAGAGGCCAGUUGUGAAGUCUGGAACUGUUUUUUCUGCUGAGGUUCUUGGGAGGACACUUAGUGGGAGGCCAUUGCUGUCAACAAGACGGUCAUUUAAGCGUAUCACGUGGCAUCGAGUGAGGCAGAUUAAGCAGCUCAAUGAACCCAUCGAGGUUAGAAUUACAGAGUGGAAUACAGGGGGUCUCCUUACAAGGGUUGAGGAUUUGCGAGCUUUUAUUCCAAAAGCUGAGUUGAUUAAUAGAAUUAAGAACUUCACUGAGCUGAAAGAGAAUGUAAGUUGAAACUCUCAGGCUUCUUACUACAUUUUCUUUCAUAAUUUAUGUGUUUGGUGAUGGAUUUGCAUUCUUUUUCUAUAUAAGAUGUAUUUUGUGUAUCUGCAUGCAAGUACAAUUCCUCUCUAUUGGACAACUUAAAAUUCUCCAAAUCUACCUAGAUCACAGUGUCUAAAAGAUCGUAACAAAAACAUAAUGCUGAAGAGUUUUUCUUAGUGAUUGACUAAAGCCUCUAUGUUGGGAAUUGUGCUUCUGCACAUUGGGGCUCAUCUAGCGUUGAUUUGGUCACAACACCUUACUACUAGGACAAACCAUACAAUAAUCAUGGCUGGUGUCAUUGACGCCCAUUCCUAGCUGCCUGCGCCAUGUAGUACACACACUUCAUUCAUUUGGGCUCACUUAAUAAUCUAUCCUCAUUGAAAUCAAACAAAAAAUUUUAGUUUGUAUAAUCUUCAAUCAACCUAGCUUCUUAGUCUUCUUUCUUGAAACUAAAUUCCUUUCUCUUAUCAAACAAAAUUUGGUCCUCUAUCCUAAUUGCAUCACUAUGAAAUAAGGAUUCGGAAAUAUGUUAUGAUACAGUCAUUUCUCAUCCACCCUGCUUGGAUUCUUCGUGUAGCUUUGUGUUUUCCCAGAUUUUAGAGGAUCAAGGAUAGGCUUCACCUUUAUUCAUGGUUCUCAUUUGGGACAAAGUGGAUAUUUUCUGUGUAGAAUAUCAUUUCUUGUACUGCUGGUGAUACUUGAUAUGGUAGAGGGGAAUUGAAAUUUUUGAAAGCAUACAAAUUGAUAUUUCUAACAGAAAGUUUUUCAGGUUCGGUGGUUUUCUGCUAUUUUGACAGAUUGAUGCUGCUCUAAAUUCUGUCUGGUGUUGAGUUAGAUUUCAGGAGCUGAAUUCUGAAGUGUAGUUUUUGUAAGAAUGAGGAGUGCAUGUUUAGCAGUCUGUACUACUGCAGUCUGUGCAGUGCUGAUGAGUAGCAGGUGAAGCUGGAUUGUUGUAGAUAUUCUGAGAUGGAAUGAUGUUCAGAGGGUGCCUGUAUGCUGUAAAGUGCCAGGAGUUGAAUGGAUCAAGCACCUGGACUGUGGCCUGAUUGUUCUGAUCUGACUUCAGUCU